CAGCCUCUACCAUGUGUCACACCAGCUGCUCUUCAGGGUGCCAGCCAUCCUGCUGUGUGUCCAGCCCCUGCCAGCCAUCCUGCUGUGUGUCCAACCCCUGCCAGUCAUCCUGCUGUGUGUCUAGUUCCUGCCAGUCAGCAUGCUGCAGACCUGCUAUAUGCAUUCCUGUUAGAUACCAGGUAGCCUGCUGUGUGCCUGUAAGCUGCAGGCCCACUGUGUGCAUGGCUCCCUCCUGCCAGUCCUCUGUGUGUAUGCCUGUGAGCUGCCGGCCUGUCUGUGUGACCUCCUCCUGUCAGUCAUCUGGAGGCUGCCAACCAUCCUGUCCAACUGUAGUCUGCAGACCUGUGACCUGUAACCCCUCCUGCUGCUGACCAGUGUCUCUAAACAGGGGUUGCCAUGAUAGAUGGGACAUAUCUAUUCCCAUCCAUCUCUGUCCUCUGUGACUGAGGCAAGAGGCAAGUGGGCAAGCAUGCCCAUCCCACUGUGGAACUGGGUCGAGAACGCAGAAGAAUGACUCCAGCAUCCCCUUAAUCCCUGUACCAAAUAAAAUGGCUUCUCUAAUCA